AGACUCCCAUUGGUGACCCCCCACGACUACAUGCUGUCUCUGUACUGGUCACUGUCCGCGGGAGACGUCAACAGCAGCGUCCUGCGGGAGGCGGGUUCGGCCAACACUGUCACCAGCUUCGUGGACAGGGGUCAAGAUGGGUCCGGUUCUCCGCUCCGACGCCAGCGCUUCCUCUUCGAUGUCAGUUCUCUGGACUCUGAUGGGGUUUUCGGUUCAGAACUUCGAGUUCUCAGGAAGAAGACUGCGACCACCCGCGGAUCAACUGAUGGUCGCUGCUGUCUCAAGCUUCUCAGCUGCAGUUCUGCUCCAAAGAAGUCGGCUCUGGUCCAGACAAAGGUUGUAGAGGAAGAGGGGGUAAGCAGGUGGGAGGUGUUUGACACAUGGGCCUUCUUAAAAAGUUGCAAGCUCCCACAGAACCGGCUCUUAUGUUUGGAACUAGAGGCUCUGGACUGCAGGACGGGUCGGCCUUUGGAUCUACGGGCACUGGGCCUGGCCCGUCCUGGAAGGACCAGCACAGAGAAAGCCUUCCUUCUGGCCUUUGGGAAAAGUAAGAAACGUGAACUCUUCUACAACGAGAUCAAGGCCCGUUCAGGCCACGACAACAAAACCGUCUUUGAGUAUUUGUUCACACAGCGGAGAACUCGGCGAGCCCCGGCAGUCCGGCCUGCAAAGAAGCUGUCGGUUCCGCCGCCGCAGCAGCAGAAGAUGGGGCCACGCUGCCACCGCCGCCGGCUGCAUGUGAACUUCAAGGAGAUGGGCUGGGACGACUGGAUCAUCGCUCCACUGGAGUACGAGGCCUUUCACUGCCAUGGCGUCUGUGACUUCCCCAUUCGCUCGCACCUGGAGCCCACCAAUCAUGCCAUCAUCCAGACCCUUCUCAGCUCCAUGGACCCCGGGGUGGCGCCGCCCACCUGCUGUGUGCCCACCAGACUCAGUCCCAUCAGCAUCCUUUACAUUGACUCGGCCAAUAAUGUGGUCUACAAGCAGUACGAGGACAUGGUAGUGGAAGGGUGCGGCUGCAGGUAG